AUCUAUAUGGCAUUAUGGGCACGUGGCCUAAUCUGAUUGGUUGCUGAGUUAAAGUCCAAGUCAUCUUCAAAACCACUCUCUCCUUCCUCGGUCUUCCCAGCGAGAGUCACAGAAACCCUGCUCUCGCGCUCUCUAGCCAAUUCUUCACAUCAAAAUGACACGCUCUCAGAACCUCAUACAUCUUCUCUUCUUCGUCUUCUUAUCUUUUAUCGUCCUCUCCAUCACCACAGCAUCCUCCGAUUCCGACUCAGAACUUGUAGCAGAGCUGCUCUCUUUGCGAUCCCGUUCCAAGGAUGGCGUGAUCCACCUAGACGACCGCUCCGUCUCUCGUUUCCUCACAUCCACAAAAACCCCUCGCUCAUACUAUCUCCUCAUCUUCUUUGAUGCCUCCCACCUCCACAGCAAGCAGGAGCUUCACCUCCAGGAUCUCCGCCGCGAGUUCUCCCUUGUCUCCUCUUCGUUUAUCACCAACAACGCCGAUGAAAGUGCCGCCCUUUCCAAAGUCUUCUUCUGCGACAUCGAGUUUCGCGAAUCCCAGUCCUCAUACGCCCUCUUUGGCGUCAACUCCCUCCCCCACAUCCGCCUCGUUGGCCCCAACGUCAAAAGCCUGAAGGACUCUGACCAGAUGGAUCAGGGAGAUAUCGCACGAAUGGCGGAGUCCAUGGCGGAAUUCGUCGAAUCUAGGACGAAAGCCACCGUCGGGUCCAUCCAUCGUCCUCCAUUACUCUCCAAGAAUAAAAUUAUCUUCAUCGUCGCCUGUUUGUUAAUUUGGGCGCCGUUUCUGGUCAAAAAGGUCUUAUCUGGUGAAACUUUGUUGCACGAGCCCAAGAUCUGGCUAUGCGGCGCCGUAUUUGUUUACUUUUUCAGCGUAUCUGGUGCGAUGCAUAACAUAAUUCGGAAGAUGCCCAUGUUCAUGGUUGACCGGAAUGAUCCUAGCAAGCUGAUCUUCUUCUAUCAAGGUUCUGGGAUGCAACUGGGAGCGGAGGGUUUCGCCGUGGGAUUCUUGUACACUCUGGUGGGCUUGAUGUUGGCCUUGGUAACGCACGUGCUGGUGAGAGUGAAGAAUGUUACAGCACAGAGGGUGAUUAUGAUUGUGGCUCUCAUAAUUUCGUUUUGGGCUGUGAAUAAGGUUGUGUUCUUGGAUAAUUGGAAGACGGGAUAUGGUGUUCACGCCUUCUGGCCUUCAAGCUGGAACUGGAACUGAAGCUAAGUGGGGUUGGCAUUUUGAUCUCGGACGCUAUGAGGUGAUGAUUUUGUGAUAGUGGUACUUUCACUAAACUUUUGAGCACUAAAAUUUUCAUGUUUACAGUAUACAACUUUUCUAUGAAAAGAGUUGUCCGCAGCACAACUUUAGCUUCUUACUACUUAUUACUAGACUGAUGUUCUAUUUUUGCUGUAAACUUGACAUUCUAGAAAAUUUCCCGACUUUGAUUCCAUGAUUUUGUUUAGACUAAA